UUGAGCGGAAAGACACUCGUCCUCAUUGGUGCCAAUGCUGGUCUGGGAUUCGAGGCUGCAAAGCAUUUCGCUAGGAUGAACCCUGCGCGGCUGGUGCUGACUGCGAGAGAUGAAGCGAGGGGAAAGCAGGCUCUUGCCCAGAUUCAAGCGGACACUGGCUAUUCUAAGGCGGAGCUAUGGAUUAUCGAUCUCGCCAAUUUUAAUAGUGUCGUUGCGUUCGCUGAUAGGGCCGACCGAGAAUUGGAGCGAUUGGAUAUCCUCAUAGAGAAUGCUGGCAUUGCACCGCGGGAAUACGAACAAGUGGAAGGCUGGGAGAAAACUCUGCACACGAAUAACCUCGGUCCCGGCUUACUCGCUAUUCGUAUGAUCCCGAAGAUGCUCGAGACGGCUCGCAAGCAUUCAGUCAUCCCGAGAUUGGUAGUCGUUGCGAGCGAUGCCCACUACUGGACAAAGAUUGAAAAGGAUGUUAUCGCCUCCCCUAGCAUCCUUGCGAAACUCUCAGAUGAAGGGUAUUGCACGAAAGAGGUAAUGAAGCACCGGUACUACGAUACCAAAUUGUUCAACGUUCUCUUCGCCCGAGCUCUGCAACUCCAUGUGCCGUCUACACCACCGAUCACCGUCAACUCUGUUAACCCCGGACUCUGUUUCUCGAACCUCUUGUCUAGCUCUGGUAUCCCUCUUGACUCUGAGGAGGCAAAAGCUAUACGUAAGAUGCAAGAGGAGUUGGCGUUCACUACAGAAGAAGGGAGCCGGCAGUUGGUAUACGCUGCCGUGGGUUCUCUGGAUGAUGAAGAGAAGCUUCGUGGCAAGUACAUUCAAAUGUCCGAGGUGGUGGAAGAGAGCGACUUUGCGAUCAGCGAGGAUGGGAAGAUCGUCCAAGAUAAAGUUUGGGAAGAGAUGUUGGAGAUUUUGGGUAAAAUUGAUCCCAAGGUUUCGGAGGUGGCUAAUGCGUAUCUCACGAAAGCUUGAUAUU